AUGAACAAUAAAUCAAUUUUUUUAAUUCUACUUCUAUUAUUAACUUAUAAAUUUUUUGAUAUUGUAACUUAAAAGUAAUUGAAUCUAUUACAGUAUCAAAAAUAAAUUUUAAUAAAUUAAUAGUUUUAACUUAGGUCUUUUAACAUUUAAUAUGGACCCAUAUAAACAAUAAGAUCGAAUUUAUCAAAUUUUUAUAUACUGUAAAACAGAAUAUCAUGAAUAGAGUUUAGCCUAUAAAAUAUAAAAUGGGAAUUAACUGUUUAUUUGUCCAAUUAGGUGAAUUUUAUACUUUUUUGGUGGUCAAAAAUGUUAAUUAGUAUAAGGAUAUUAUUCUGUAACUUAUAAUAGUACAAAAUAUUCUAUUUUUUAUAAAAAUAAAUUUGAAGUCAUUACAUCAAAUUAAAUUAAAGUCUGGAUUUUGA